AUGCAGGUCCUGCGCAACGCGUUGUUCAUCGCAUACGGCAACGCCAACUUCACUCGAAGCGCCUUUCUGAAACACGCCAAGUCGUUUGAAGACGCUGACGAUCAGACGGCCACAGCAGGUGUUAGCACGGACGCUCGGCGGCUCGAUGAGGUUCGGAAUGCCGAAGCUGAGGUUCGGCAUGACGGUGCUACGGGCGCCGAGCCUGCAGCAGCGGACGCGCGGGGGCGGCGGGACAUGCAGGGUCGCGUGUGCGUGGUGACGGGGGGCAAUCAGGGCAUUGGUCGCGCCGCUGCUACCGCCAUGGCGCAGAGGGGAGCGACGGUGCACAUAGUGUGCCGUAACGAGGCCAGAGGGGCGGCAGCAGCCUCUGAGAUCGCCGCCCAGACAGGGAACGACCAGGUGUUUCUUCAGCUCUGCGACCUCUCCUCGCUCUCUCAAGUGCACUCCCCUCGCGGAUUGACAAUUCUAGUGUGGCCCUUCCCGCCCUUUUAUCUCAAAAGAGCCUUCCCCGCCCUCCCUUCCCGCCAGCUCUGCGACCUCUCCUCGCUCUCUCAAGUGCGCUCCUUGGCUGAUCGGCUAGCUGAGCUAAACACGCCCAUUCACGUGCUAGUGAACAACGCUGGGGUGAUGGAGCAUGAGAAGAAGACGUCGCCUGAUGGGUUUGAGCUCAACUUUGCAGUGAACGUGCUCGGAACUUUUGUUCUGACCGAAGCACUCCUGCCGUUGCUGCAGCGGGCAGCCUCAGAAUCAAAAGUCAUCACUGUGGCCACUGGGGGCAUUCUCACUCAACCGCUCAGCACCGAUCUGCAAAUGGAAGACACCAAGUUUGAUGGGACUGAUGCAUAUGCUCGCAACAAGAGAGUGCAGGUGGCUCUAACAGAGAAGUGGGCGGAGCUAUAUGGGGUACAGCCAGGAGUAGGGUUUUACUCCAUGCACCCGGGGUGGGUCGACACGGCCGUCCUUCAAACCAGCAUGCCUGGAUUCUACAACACAUCCAAGGCCUCGCUGAGAAGGCCAGACGAGUUCAAGACCUCUUUGAGGAGGCCAGAGGAGGGGGCAGACACCAUAGCCUGGCUGGCGAGUCAACCCGAGUCAAAGCUGGUCAAUGGGGGUUUCUACUUUGACCGGCGGGUUGCUUCCAAGCACCUUCCUUUUGCAGGCACGGAGUACAAGAAGGAAGUUGUGGAUGAGAUCUACACCAAGCUGAAGGAGCUCGCUAAAAUAACAAAAGAAUAG